CUACUCUCAACUCAUUUCGGAUGCACCCCUGAGUGGGUCCUGCUUCAACAACAUGGGGGGCUGAGAAGAACAGGAAGAACACAGGCAGCCGCCCAUCAUUUCCUGUAUCGCCCCGAGUGUUUGUGGCUGACUUGCCGCAGCAGCAGUCGCACUGGCAGCGUAUGAAAAGGCUGGAAACACGACCUGCCAGCAACCACACCGAGUAUGCCGACACGGAGACACCCAAACCUCCUUCAGCAAGCUGUCAGCCUUCGGAGGAAAACCUCGGUGUGUUUUGAACCACGGACAACGCGCUGACGAUUCAAAGUUAAAGCUACAGAUGAACUCCCAGCUCGGACGAUGAGUUUUUGUUUUGAUCGGGGUGCAUGACGAGUGUGAACUUUCCGGACGGCGCGGCGUGUAUCACUGCAGGCAGUGAGGCGUUUGCGCCUGGUGUCAACAGGGUGGUGACGGCGCAUCAGACAAUAAAACAACAGCUUUAAGGAGGUGGCGAGUGAGUGGCUGCACAGCCGAGGUGUAAAGCGAAACACAAUGUGACACCAGCGAUGAUCAGCUUGGUGGAAAAGUUGGAGGAGACGACGGAUCAGGAGAGGUGAUUUUAAAAAGUGAUGUUUUUCUAGCACAGUUUGGCAACAACCAGGUCAGAUUAACGCCGACGUCCUCUGCCGACCUAAAACUCAAUAACGAGAUGUGCGAAGUAGCCAUGGAGGAGCAGGAGAGGGACAUCUCGGACAUAGACCCGCAGGAGUGCUCCUCUGUGAUGGAGAACGGAGUCAUGCUGGUGGUCAAUCAGAGCCGGGUCCGUGCGCCCCUCAGCGUCGUGCUGGCCACCGUGCUGUACUGCGCAGAGUUCGUCACCGCCGCCGUCCUCUGCAGCUAUUACCAGAAGACCGAGGAUGUCAUCUGGAUGGGCUUCACCAUCGCCUUCAUGCUGGUGCCCGCCGUGCUCAUUCAGCUCACGCUGACAUUCAUCCACAGAGAUCUGGGUCGGGACCGGCCUCUGGUCCUGUUCCUGCACCUGCUGCUGCUCGGACCUGUCAUCAGGUGCGUCGAGGCCUUGGUCGUCUAUUACAAGGCGGGUAGGAAGGAGGAGCCUUACGUCACCAUUUCCAGGAAGAUCAGUCUGAAAAAGGGACAUGGGACACCCAUGGAGUGGGAAAUCGGCCAAUCAGAGCGCACCUUGGCCACUCACAGAAACGCCUUCAAACGCACUGCCGUGAUCCAGGCUUUCCUGGGCUCCACGCCUCAAUUGACACUCCAGCUGUACGCCACCAUCCAGGAGAAAUACUUCAUCCUCCCUGCAAGAUUGACUCUGAUGAUCAUCACCCUGAUCUCCGUCAUAUACGGGGCUCUUGUCUGCAGCGUUCUGGCCAUCCAGAUCAGAUACGAUGACUACAAGGUGCGGUUGCGCCCUGUGGCCUACCUGUGCAUGAUCGUGUGGAGAGGGUUGGAGAUUGCCACCAGGGUCACAGCUCUGGUCCUCUUCAGUACAGCGCUCACACACUGGGUGAUCCUAGUCGGCAUGGCUAACCUGCUCUUCUUCUUCUUCCUCCCGUGGGCCGAGUUCUGGGCCAGGAAAGGCUCUCUCACUCAGGAUGUGGAGAAAAACUUCUCUAAGCUGGGCACCAUAGUGGUGCUGAGCAUGUUCACGUUGCUGUAUGCCUGCAUCAACGUCUUCUGCUGGUCGGCAGUGCAGCUGGACCUCACCCACCGAGAGCUCAUCGAGAGGAAGCAGCAUUGGGGCCGCCUGGCCAUGUACUACUGCGGACGCUUUGUUGAGAACUUUGUGCUCAUUGCACUCUGGUACUACCACAAGUCGGACUUCUACGAGUACGUGUGUGCGCCGCUGCUGGCCGUCCAGCUGCUGAUCUGCUACAGCCUGGCUGUGCUCUUCAUGCUGCUUUUCUAUCAGUUCUGCCACCCCUGUAGACGCCUCUUCAAGUACAACGUGCACGACUGCCUGCACUGCGUCUGCUGCCUUAAAAAAAGAAGGGGACCAAGAGGUGGAGGACAAAAGCUGCCACCCUCAUACUCCACCGCUGCCACCAUGGUGUUGGUGCCGGACGAGCCACUGGAGCUGCUGAACCCUCAAAACGGAGAGCGGGAGACGGCUAUCAUUGAAGACAUGACGGAUGCAGCCUGAAAGUGGCUUUGUAUUAAACAAACAAACUCAUAGUUAAUGUAGAAAUGCAUCCCAGCUGGCGCUGCCUGCAAGGUCCUCGCUCUGCUGAACAAGACCUUGAGUCCUUGAACACGAGCAAGCGAGGUGACAUAUUGGAGACAUUGGAGAACUUGGGUUGCUUUUUUUUUUUUUUUUUUUAAGUGCACAAAACUUUACUCGUUCAUGGUUCUGAGAGGGAUUUUGGUUAACUCCUGACAUCUUUAUUGCGUACACUUGAGGGCACCACAAGGCCCCAGUAUACCAAAGAAUGUAACAUGCCGAGAUAUGCGGCGAUCCACAAAGGGCGUGUUGAGAGAGCAGUGGUGGAUCAUGAACAAUGACUGACCCAGGUGUGCGGGAAAAGUGCCAAGUGUGUCCGAAGUGCCCGAAAGACUUGAGCAAGGACACCCCUAGUUUACUUCCCCUCACGAGUUUAACACAAUGAAUGCCCAUGUUUGCACAUGUUCACAUCUGCACUAAACAGACUAAAAGCAGGAGGGCAGGAAAAAGAAUUUAUCUUCCUCAUACCCAACUGCAUAAACCUGCUGUCAUGAGUUCCCUGUGUUGUUCACUGUCCAAUCUGGUUGGCUUGUUAAAAAAAACAGGUUUUUGUUUGGCUAAAAUAUUAUUUAACAUUAACAAAACUGAAAAUGAUUUAGCUUAGCACUUUCACAGUUUGCCUUUUUUUUUUUUAAUGUUUCAUCUUGUUUCUUUGUUCAGUGCCUUGAUGACUACUGUUUUACUUGAAACUUAAAUAAAAUAU